GACAGUUUUCCUAUUUCUGUGUUUUCUUCGUCGCCAAGCCAUAUUUCAAUUUCUAUACAGACCUCUUCGAAUCUCUUUGGAGUUCAUGUAAACAACAGCAUUUAUCAACAUCCUGUAAGGGUUUUGAAAAGCGACAAGAUGAGCAGUAAUCGCCGGUUAGUUCGAUGCCCAGGGUGCCAAAAAGUUCUGCGGGAGUCGCCAGAUGUUCCAGUCUACAAAUGUGGAGGCUGUGGGGCAGUUCUUCAAGCGAAGAAGCGGAUAAACAAUACAUUUGAUACAGAGGUGAAGCAGAUAAAUGACCUCAAAAUCCCCUUUCAUGUCAUUAAAAAAUCUACUCUAGACUUCAACGAAAGAAGGUUCAUCGGGAAGGGUGGAUACGGAAGGGUCUACUGGGGACUCCUCUCGUGGGCGGGUCAUGUAAACGAGUUGGUUGCUGUAAAACGGUUAGAUGUCACUGGGUUUCAAGGUAACAAGGAGUUCCACACCGAGGUCACAAUGCUUUCACAGUAUCAACACAAGAACAUUGUAAGACUUAUAGGGUUUUGUGAUGAGAACAAGGAGAUGAUUCUGGUCUAUGAAUAUGAAAGCAAUGGUAGCCUCGACAAAUAUUUACGUGACACUGCUAAGUCAGGUGGACCAUCAUGGCCACAACUCCUCAAAAUAUGCAUUGGUGUUGCUUCCGCAUUGGACUAUCUUCAUAAUCACGUUGCAGAAAAACAUAGAAUAAUACACCGUGAUAUAAAAAGUGCGAAUGUUUUGUUAGAUGAGAAUUGGAAUGCAAAACUUGCUGAUUUUGGGUUGUCCAGGAUAGGUCUAGCAAAUCAAAAGAACACCUUUGUGAUCACCAACCUCGCUGGCACACAUGGUUAUUGUGACCCACAGUAUGAAAAAACAGGAUUUCUAACAAAAGAAUCGGAUGUUUAUUCAUUCGGUGUGGUUUUAUUCGAAGUUUUGUGUGGUAGGCUGGCGUGUGAUUUCAAUUACAAUGAUGAGCGACGAUUCCUCCAUCAUUUGGCCCGAACUUGCUACAAAAACGGAGACCUAGAAAAAAUUAUCGAUCACAGAAUAAGAAAAGAUAUCAAUCCAAAUACGUUGCUCAACUUUUCAGGUAUUGCUUACCAAUGCUUGCAAAAAACUCGGGAAAAACGACCUUCUAUUGUAGAGGUUUUAUUCCAACUUAAGGAGGCCAGGAAAAUUGAUAUGUGUCACCGGUUAGAGGAUGAGAUCCUUGAAGACGAGUUACUUUCCACGUUACUAAGCUUCAUGGUGUCACUACCCUAUCCAUGGCGAUGAAACAAGGAUUUUUUUAUGAUCCGUGGCAUCUCUCGUUGGUUUUCUCCGUCUUCAGUUUUAAGCUUUUGUUUUCUUUUCCUUGUUGAAUUCUGGAUUCUAAUCUACUUUUGGCCUCCUUGCCCUCACUGAGAGUUAGCAAUGGGGCACCUUGCAGUCAGGGGCAAAUGCUAGAAUACAUAUUAGGUGUUGCCGAGACAUGGGAAAUAGGUAAAAAAAUCAAAAACUUUUCCAAUGCAGACAGAAAAUGCAGGUGUUGCCGGUGCCAAACCGGGACCUACCUAAAACCGCAAUUGUCUGUAGUGGCCUGUAGCAAGGUAUACCGUGCUCUAUUGUGCUCAACAUAAAGUCUACGAUGCUCGAUGAGUAGGUUUGCGGUGUUUGGACCGGUCGCUAGAUUAGAUGAUGACCUCUUGGGGUUUUAGGCAUCGGCCCACAAGCAUUGCAAGACCAAUUUAUCAUUAUAAAAAAGAUCUCCAUGGACCUUUUAUAACCCUAAGAAGAAAGUCUAUACAUGGUAAAUGUAUUUCUACAAAUCUAAUAAAAAAUCUCUUUAUA